AAAUUAUAGAAGCGUCCGUCUAGUAGCGCUCUGUGCAUCGUGUAUAUUUCUUGUGUUUUUUACAACAAUAUAAUUGCAAUAAUAGAUUGCUACUUAGAAAUAAAGAAAAAAGUUAUUUCGAAAGUGCAGUGAUUGUUGUAAAGUAAAUAGGUCUCUGCAAUGUAAUGAAUGGAGAUUAUAAAGAUAAUUAAUUAGUGAGGAAUUUGCCAUUAAAAAUGACGAAAAUUCGAUUUAUGAGAGACCUGUGGUAGAGUGAGAAAGUACAAGUAGCAAGUGGACGCUAAAUGAGUGAGAUAGAUAGACAUGUGUCGGUGGAUGAAUUACUACCAUUUGCUUAAUAGCUAAUAGACUCAAAAUUAGUGCUGUGCCUAUGUGAUUUGUUCACAAUGGCUAUAUUUUCAAGUACAACGGUAUAUGUACUUCUCCUUGGCUUAUUAGGUCUAUCCGGAGCCACUUUAGGUCAUGAUAUUAAAGGUUCUAGACAAUGUGAAUUUUACAACGAAACAACGUGUACAGAUCCACAGCAAAAAUGUCCAGAAAUAGAAGUAUGUUCUCCACCUGAACCAGAUAAAAGGAACCAUUGUUACGUUCUAUGGCAGAUAGAUCCAGUAACUAAAAAAUCAACUGUUAAACUAAAGGGCUGCUUUCUAGACAGUCGAGAAUGCUACGAUAAAGCAUGCUGUGUUGAAAGAAAUAGUGAUCGUAAGGGUCAAUUAUUUUUCUGCUGCUGUGAUGGAGAUAUGUGCAAUCAGAAUUUUACGUGGGAUCCACAACCAACGGAGCCACCAACUCAAGAUCAUGAGUUUAAACCUGUUCCAAAUACGGAACAACAAAUAAUUACUUUAGUGAUAUCAAUAUCAGUACCGAUGUUGUUCAUAUUAGUUGUUUUUACGUCAUUAAUAUGGUGCUAUAAGCGAAGAAAGCUUGGUUAUUUCAAUGAGGUACCAACACUUGAACCUCUUCCAUUGCCACAACCUUCGCCUAAUUUGGGGUUACGUCCAAUUCAACUGCUUGAAAUAAAAGCGCGCGGUCGCUUUGGAGCAGUAUGGAAAGCUCAACUGAAAAAUGAAAUUGUUGCAGUUAAAGUUUUUCCUAUACAAGAUAAACAAUCUUGGCAAACAGAACAAGAAAUUUUUAAAUUAGCUCACAUGGAUCAUGAAGAUAUAUUACGAUUUAUCGGUGUUGAGAAAAGAGGAGACAAUCUUCAGACAGAAUUUUGGUUGAUAACUGCUUAUCAUGAAAAAGGAUCAUUGUGUGAUUAUCUAAAGGCAAAUGUUGUUACGUGGCCAGAAAUGUGUAGAAUUGCAGAGUCAAUGGCUCGCGGUUUGAUGCAUUUGCAUGAAGAAAUUCCAGCAAAUAAAGCGGAUGGCUAUAAACCAGCCGUUGCACAUCGAGAUUUUAAAUCGAAGAAUGUUCUACUUAAAGCUGAUAUGAGUGCAUGUAUAGCAGACUUUGGACUUGCAUUGAUAUUUCAUCCUGGAAAACCUUGUGGUGAUACUCAUGGACAGGUUGGUACUCGAAGAUAUAUGGCACCAGAAGUAUUAGAGGGUGCGAUAAACUUCACGCGAGACUCAUUCUUACGCAUUGAUAUGUACGCAUGUGGUCUAGUACUUUGGGAAUUGGCGUCACGAUGUACAGUACAAGACGGACCAAUUGGAGAGUAUAGAUUACCUUUCGAAGAGGAAGUAGGUCUUCAUCCAACAUUAGAAGACAUGCAAGAAAGUGUUGUUCACAAAAAGGAACGUCCAAUUAUUCUAGAAACAUGGCGAAAACAUCCGGGUCUUUUAUCGAUUUGUGAUACGAUGGAAGAAUGUUGGGAUCAUGAUGCUGAAGCAAGACUAUCAGCAUCUUGUGUAAUGGAACGAAUUACAACUCUAAAUAGAUGUCUCGUAAUCAAUUCGUCAACUUUGAUUCGCGUCGACAACACAAAUGAAUCUAUCACCACCAAGGAAUCUAAUCGGCACUUGAUUGCAUGAACCAUAUGAAGCCACGGAAACGUAAUUUAUUGUACAGAGAUUUCACCAUGGAAGAUUUUACUAAGAAAAUAAGGAAUAUUGUUAAUUUAUCAAUUAAUAAUAUGAACAAUUAUAUUGAUAAAUUAAUAAUACGAUUUAUUUAAAUAAUUAUUUGCAAUAUAAAAUUUACAUUGAAUAAACCACAUGUCUACCCAGUAUCAUGAUGUUAUUAACAGUGUUUUUUUAUAAAUAUUUUUUAUCUUAAAAACUCCAAUAUUGUAAAAAAAAAAAAUCCCAAUAUUUCAAAUUAAAUUAUUUAUAAUAAUUAAUUCGAGAAACAUUUAAUUGUCAUUGAUAUUGGGUUAUGACUGUGCCAAAUAAUAAUACUAAUAUAUGCAUAUGCCACAAAUUUAUUUGUUCUGCUAUUUACAUAUUCAUUAAUCCUAAGAUAGAAUUAAUGCUAGAUCUGAUAUAAUAUUCAAAUAAUUUCAAUGUUUAAAAUAUCAAAUAAUUAAGUGUUGGUAAGAUUUAGUUGCAAAAUGAUGUGAAUUUGAGCUACUUGACAUAUCGGACAGUGAAAAUAAGUGAUUAAUUAUUAAUUAAUUACAUGAAAGAAAUAAGUACUAUUACUAUUAUUUAAGCCAUCGAUUAAUGGUAUUAUCAGCUGGAAAUUUUGACGUAAUUACUUUUUAUAAUGUAAAUAUAAAACACUGUUCUUGAAAAACUGACUGUUGAAGAACUGUACAAUGUCCUAUUUGUUCCUAUUACAUUUUUUAUAUCUCAGCAAUCUUCAUCUUGCUUUUUUUGCCCACAUCUGUAUGGCAUAAUGAAGUAGAAAAUUUUUUUAUCGUUUGGUGAACAACGAAGCGUUUAUAAAGAACUAGUUUCUCGGAAUAUUUUUAAAAAAAUUUAUAUAUUCAUUAUUUUUAUUACUUUUGUAAUGUGUAUAAACUAUUUUUAUUUAAAAAAAAAAAAUUUUGUAUUGGUAUAAUUACUCAGCCAAAUUUCAUAUUAAU